GGCCCUGUAAGAGGAACCAAAAACAGGAAGAGGAAGUUCAAGUGGACAGAGCGCUGAUGGAGACGAUAGAUGAAAAGAACAGUCCAGUCACUCUCGCAAACGGCGCCUACCCGGUACGGUGCACUGAGGAAGUACUUCUCCCUUUCUUCACAGAUGAGAGUCUGCAGGCCGCCAUGAACUCACAGCACCCUCCCGCCUCCUGCAGCGUCCCUCUUGCUCUCUCAGAGAUUAGACUGGUGCUCCUGGGCAGGAAAGGAGCAGGGAAGAGCGCGGCGGGCAACACCAUCUUAGGAUGGGAAGUUGGAGGGUUUGAGAGUGGGAAGCCUACAGAGGAAUGUGUGAAGAGACGAGCUGAUGUGACAGGAAGAAAAGUCACAGUUGUGGACACCCCAGGGUGGGAGUGGUACUACCCACUCAACAGCACACCCAACUGGGUGAGGAGAGAAACUUUACGGAGCGUGUCGCUGUGUCCUCCUGGACCCCACGCUGUGAUGCUGGUGGUGAGGGCCUGUGCUGCAGUGACGGAGGCCUACAUCACUGAGAUAGAGGAGCAGCUAAAGCUACUGGGAAAAAGAGCUUGGGAGCACACCAUGCUGCUGUUCACCAGGGGAGACGAACUGGGCCUAACGUCCAUGGAGCAGCGGAUCCUGACAUGCGGACCAGCACUCCAGAGACUCCUCCAGAAGUGUGGGAACAGAUACCAUGUUGUGAACAACCGUAGCAAAGGAGAUAGGACACAGGUUCAAGAGCUGAUAAGGAAGCUGGAGGAGAUGAUGGCGGCGAAGGAGGGGAGCAGCCAUUUAGAGAUGGAUAAUACGGUUCUGUCGGGUCUGGAGGCGGACGGGAAGAGGAGAGCAAGGGAGAGGAGGAAGAAACAAAGACAGAUGGAGGAGCAGAUACAGAGAGGAACCAUCAAAGCUGCUCUCAUGAACGAUGGGGCGUCUGAACUAGACGCCCACCAGUCGUUCUCCAAGGCUCCUCGACGUCUACCUGAGGUCAGACUGGUUCUUCUGGGCGAGCGCGAGACAGGAAAGAGCUCUGCUGGAAACAUCAUCCUGGGGAAGACUUGCUUCUUCCAGGCAGGGGUGGCAACUGAAGAGUGCAUUCGUCAUCAAGCGGAGGUGUCCAUGCGGCUUGUGACAGUGGUGGACUCUCCGGGCUGGGAGGCGGGUGUAGCAGGGGCAACACCAGAGAGGGUAAAGAGGGAGAUUGUCGGUAGUGUUACCUUGUGUCCUCCUGGACCCCACGCUCUUCUGCUGACUCUGAGGGUGGAUGUACUGGUUACGGCAGGACAUGUGAGGGAACAUCUGGAGCUUCUGGGUGAGGGUGUAUGGAGACACACAAUGUUGCUGUUCACACACGGGGAUCAGCUUCGAGAGGGGGUGAAUAUUGAGCAGCACAUCCAGAGUGGAGGCAGGGACCUGCAGUUGCUGCUGGAGAAGUGCAGGGGGAGGUACCACGUCAUCAGCAGCAUCGAUGCGGGAGGAAGAGGAGGCUCUGCUAAGGUGACAGAGCUCCUGGAAAAAGUGGAAAAGAUGGCGGCUAUGAACAGGUGCGAGGCUUUCUCCGGUAUGGUUCUGGAAGUGAGGGAUCUGAGCCGGCAAAGGAACGAGAAGUUCAACCUGCGCUUGAAGGAAAUCACAGAUAAAAUGCUUCGUCAGGAGGCAGAGCUAAAGAACAUGCGAGACAGGGAGAUGAAAAGCAUCCGGUGGUUUUUUGAUAGGAAGAAGAAGGUGAAAUCACCCGGGAAGGCAGAUAUUCAAAGGGAAGAGGAGGAUGAUGAGGACAGGAGGGUUGGUGAAAGGAAGAAUGAUAUUGGCGAGCUAGAGGAGAGGAUGCGAUGGCUGACAGAGGAUAAAGAAAGAGAACUUCAAGAUCUGAACAUUGAAAAGGAGAGAAACCGUGUAACACUAAACCAGAAGGAACAAGAGAAGAACAAGCUGACGCUCGACCUGGAGUUAAGAGAGAGAGAGAUCGAGGAGCUGAACGAAAGAAUUGACGAGCAACAACAGAAGCUGCUUGACCUUGAACGUGCCAGUGUUGAAAAUGAACAUGAGAGAAAACUAAAGGAGGACGCCAUCAGAGUGAAGCAACAAGAGUGGGUGAGAGACAUGGAUAUGUUGAAGGAAAAUAUCGCGGUUCACGAGAAAGAGAAAACAGAGUGGAUGGAAAAAGUGAAUUCAUUAAAAGCAGAAAUGGAAGAAUGUAAAAGACAGCAUGACAAUAUUAUUGAGAGAAAAGAGCAAGAUAAAAACCAAGAGAUGGCUGAGAUGGAAAAAGCAUUAAAGAAGGAAAUGGAACUAAAACUCCUUGAAAAAGACCAAGAGCAGGAAAAAUUGAGAAUAAAGGCCUCAGAGGAAAAGCAGAUAACUCUUGAAGGCAUGAAACAUUAUGAAAAAGACAUGGAGAUGAAAGUUGAAGAGAUGAAAUCACAACAUCAGAAAGAGAUGGAGAAGAAAAUGCAAGAGAAAGAGACACAGAUACAUAAUAUACAACUGCAGCAUCAGGAUGAGAUGGCCAGAAAAAUCAGCGACAUGGAAAAAGCGAUGAAGAAAACCAAAGUUCAACACCAGGAAGAAACUGAUCAGAUGCUGAAAGAAAAGACAAAUGAUAUAGAAAAUAUCAAACAACAGCAUGCCAAUGAAAUAAGAGACAUACAGCAAACACAGCAAAGAGAGAUUACUGAGCUGAAAGAGCAGUUUGCAAAAGAAAAGGAGGAACAAGGGCAAGCCAAAAAGAGAGAGAUAGCAGAGUUAGAACAAAAGCAUGCAACCCAAAUAGAGGGACAAAUGAUAGAAAACAAAAAAGAGAAAGACAUGAUUAAUCUAAAUCACAAGAAAGACAUGACGCAAAAGAUGCAAGAGAAAGAAAAAGAGGUAGAAGCCUUAAAAUUACAGCAUCAGGAAGAAAUGACAAGAAAAAUGAAUGAAGUAGAAACACUGAUGGAGGCAAAGAGAAUUGAACACCAAGAGGAAAUCCUUACCAAAGUGAAAGAAAAGGAGGAAGUCCAACAACAGCAUGGUGAUAAGAUAAAAGAAAUAGAGCAAGAAAGACAAAGAGAGGUUAACAAGCUGAAAGAAGAGUUUGAGAAAGAAAUGGAGAAACAACUGCAGCGAAGACAAACAGAGAUAGCAGAGUUAGAACAAAAGUAUGCUGCCGAAAUAGAAGGAAAGGUGCUAGAAAAUGAAAAAGAGAAAGAACUGAUGAUUCAAACUCAUGAAAAACACAUUUUGACAAGAAUGCAAGAGAGAGACCGACAGAUGGAAGAGUUAAAACGUCAGCAUGUUAAUGAAAUUGAAGAAAACAUGCAAGAAAGUGAAAAGGAAAAGGAAAGGCUUGUUAUGAUUUGCAAAAAAGAGAUGGAGCAAAGGUUGGAAGAAAAAGAAAAAGAGAUUGAGGGGAUAAAAUCGCAUGUCAAAGAAGUGAGGGAAAAGCUGCAACAGAAGGAAGAGAGAGAAACUGAUCUCUUGAGGAAACAAAAAGAAAUGGAGCAAAGACUGGAAGAGAAGGAAAAAGAGGUCGAGGAGAGGAAACUGAAUAUCAAACAAAUGAUGCAAAAACUUCAAGAAAAAGACGAGGCAGAAAUUGAUCAUUUAAAUUACAAGAAAGAAAUGGAGCAAAGAUGGAGAGAAAAAGAGCAAGAAGUAGAAGUGAUACAAGAUAAUUUAAAAGAACUUGAGAAAAAACUGCGACAGACCGAAGAAGAGAGAGAACGAGAAAACUCCAAUCACAAGAAGCAGAUGGAGCAGAAACUGCAAGAAAAGGAGCGAGCAAUAGAAAAGUUACAGCAGCACAUAAAGGACGUUGAUGAAAUACUGCAAAGAAAAGACGAAGAGAGAGGAGAAAUUAUUCUGAAUCAGAAGAAAGAAGCAGAGCAAAGACUGCAAGACAGAGAAAAAGAGAUGGAGGAGAUGAAAUUGCAGUUUUUAAAUGACACAGAGAGAAAAGUAAAAGAAAAGGAAACUGAGAUUGAAAGUAUUAAACAGCAGGUUGACGCCAGGGAGACGAGAUGGAGGGAAGAGCAGAGGAGGAAGGAUGAGAAAGGAGAAAAAGAGAUGAACAAACUGAUUGAAAUCAUUGAGAAGAAAACUAAAGAAAUAACACAAGCGCAAUCUCUUCUCGCACAGAGAGAAACUGAGAUUGACGAGGCUAAGACGAUGAGUGCAAACUACAUGAAAGAAAUUGAACAGCUGAAAGAAAGCAAUAAAAACCAAAGCUACAGCCUCAUCGAGACACAGCGACGUCACACGGAGAAAGACGAAGAGCUCAAUCGCCUGAGGCAAAAAGACAAAGAAAGUGAGAAAGAGCUCGUCCAUUUGAGGCUCACGAUCGAGCAAACAAAGUCAGAGCUGAAGCAGCUCAACAAAAAGAUGGAGAAGGAGAUGAACAGCAUGAUUCAGGGAUAUGAAAAGGAGAUAGAAAGCAUGAAGUCAGUUGUACAGGAAAAGGACGACGCCAUGAGUCGUCUGGAGGAGGAAAGUGGGCAAAGCAUUUCAGAUGUCACAGAGAAAUAUGAGGAAAGCCGAAAGAGAGUCGAGGAGCUGCAGGAGCAAAAUGAGAAGAUGAGAAAAGAGGCGGACAAUCUGAAAAUAAAGUGCGAGGAGCUGAAGAAGGAGAGUGAAGAAGAGGCUAGAAAACAUCUCGAGGUGAAAAGCACGGAAUCUGAAAUCCAAGGUGUUCUUAAAGAGAGAAAUCAGGAGGUCGGUGCUUUAAAAGAGGCAAAUGAGAAAUUAAAAGUAGAGAUAGAUGGGAUGAAGGAGAGAGAAGGCGAGUCUCAGAGGCAGAUGAAUGAGAUGAGAGAGCAAUUCCAGAAACAGCUGAUGGAGAAAGAAAGCAAGGUCAGACUCAAAGAUGAGGAAGCUGAGGAGAGAUUGUUGGAAAGGGAAAGAGAGGCAGAGGAAAGGGAACAGGAGCUGAGUAGACGUGAUGAAGCGUUGGGCGAAAGAGGGCAUGAACUCGAAGCGCAAGAGGAAACGCUUCUUGAAAAACAGGGAAAGCUUGAAAGUAAGGAACAAGAACUUCAAAAACUGGAAACAAGCUUAGAGAUAAAACAGAAAGAGCUUGAAGAAAGGGACAGACAUGAGAAAGAUGUUAAAAUCAGAGCAGAGAAAAUCCAGAAAAUGGAAAAGGAGCUAGAAAGCUUGCUCCAAGCGCUGGAGGGCAAAAAGGAGGAACUAAACUGUCACGGUCAAGAUCUUCAAAAGAAAGUUAAAGGGCUGAAGGAUCAGGGGAAAGAGCUAAAAGAUAGAGAGUAUUACUUGAGAAAUGAAGCACAGGAGCUGAUCAACUGGAAGUCAGAGCUGCAGAUGCAAAACGAACACGUGAGCUCUACGACGCAGGAGUUAGAUAACAUGAGGCGAGACAUGGCGUUGCUGAAGGAAGAACUUCACAAAAAAGAGGCAAAUUUAAAGAUGGCGUUUAACAAACUGAGAAAGUGGCAGCAGAGUCUCGAAGAAAAGGAGGCAGAGAUGUGCAGAGGAGGGCAAAGCCAGUCUGAUCAAGAGGUAGAGAUCGGACAACAAGAGGUCGAUGAGACUGAUCCUUUCGAGCUAGCAGCUGAGAGCUCAGAUGAGGAAGAGUUGCGUUUAAUGUACGAGGAGCUUGGCGUGGUGGAUGAACAGGAGAGGAAGGGAAAAGGAAAAGGAAGAGAGUCAGAUAAAGAUGAAAAGGAUCGGGAGGAUCAGAAGACAAGAGCGGCGACAUCAGCCUCAGAAAGCGAUAACUGUCACCUUGAAACGCUAAAAGAGACGGAAAAGGAAGUGAAGAGUGCAAAGGUCACGAGAGAUUUCAAGGUGUUAUCUUCAAGUCAGGGUCACAGAGGCUUAAACAACACUCCUGGGACUGAUAUCAAGGUGGUGGUGUUAGGGGAGAACUGGUCAUCUCGCUCCCCAGCUGGAGUCGCCAUCCUGGGCGGAGAGGCGUCCGAACUUAACGGUACUACAAACAGGCCUUGGAGAGGUCAGAUAGCUGGACGGCGCCUCGCUGUUGCAGAACCGCUCGGUUUGAGGUGGCGAGACGGACCCGAUCCAACCAACGCAGCGCAGAGACAAAGCAUUCUCGAGUGUACCUCCUGGUGUCGCCCAGGACCUCACGUCGUCCUCCUGCUCGUGCCGGCCUUCUUGAACUGCACAAAGAAAUACAGGAGAGCUGUGGAGGAGCACAUGAGUUUGCUGGGGGAAGAGAUAUGGCAGCGCACACUGGUGCUUUUCACAUGGGGGGAAACUUUAGCUGUGAGCGCAGAGCAGCACAUCCUGAGGAACGGAGAGCUGAGUGAACUUGUGGAGAAAUGUGGAGGCGGGUAUCACGUGCUGACAAGUAAGAAAAGCAACUCUCAGAUUGAGGGAUUAUUUGAGAAGAUGGAGGAUAUAGUGUCUUAAAACAGCAGAGAGUAGUUUUAGUUUUUGGUGGAGAACUGUAAAAACUGUGUGAAUUUAUCAUGUAAGAUAAUGUUUUUA